UUUCUUGUUUUCUCUCUUACACCCAAUAAAAAAAACAAAACUGAAGAGAGAAAAAAACUGUGAUUUUCCUCCACUGCUUCAACUUUCAUUAUCUCUUUCAAGAAUUACAGUCACAAAGGUAUUAGCUUUCUCAUCUUAGCACUUACUACAUGCAACAAUCUUCCAUUUCAGGCCAUUGUUUUAACACAUGGCUUCAAUUACGUUAUCCAUAACUCUACAUUCAUUUGAUUCAAACAAACCAGCUUGUUCUAUAAACCCACUUCAAUUUCCCACUAUUACCUCACUUUUUUCAAUUUCUAGUUCUAUAUCUUCACCUAGAGCUUGUGUAGUCACUGCUUUUAAUAUAUUUAGCCCUGUUAAAGUUUCUAGGAUAGACACUGAGUUGUUUGAGGAUGAUAUUGUUUUAUCAGCAACUGAUGAUUCGGUUCAUGAGAAUUUGAUUGAGCAUUCAAAAGAUGAGACUAGGAAGAAAUCUAGGGGUGGUUUGAAGAAAUGGGUAAAUAGAAAAGUGGGUUUUAAAUUUAGUUAUAAAAUGAAUGAUAUUGAGCAAGAAAUAGAGGAGUUUUUAGUGUAUGAUGGCGAAUUAGAUGUUAAUUACUGUGUUGUUCAUUCUAAAUUGAGUUUACAACAUUGUAACUUGAUUUUGAAACGGCUUGAGAAGUGUAGUGGUGAUAGUAAAACUUUGAGGUUUUUCGAGUGGAUGAGGAAUAAUGGGAAGUUAGAAAAGAAUGUGGUUGCUUAUAAUGUGGUUCUUCGAGUAUUUGGUAGGAGAGAAGAUUGGGAGACUGCUGAGAGGUUGAUUAGGGAAGUUUAUGGUAGCCUAGGUAGUGAGCUUGAUUUUCGAGUUUUUAACACUCUUAUUUAUGCUUGUUCUAAAAGAGGGAACAUGGAAUUGAGCGGGAAAUGGUUUCGGAUGAUGUUGGAACUUGGUGUUCAGCCCAACAUUGCUACCUUUGGCAUGCUCAUGGGGGUUUACCAAAAGGGUUGGAAUGUUGAAGAAGCGGAAUUUGUGUUUUCGAAAAUGAGGAGUUUUGGAGUUAUUUGUCAAUCUGCAUACUCUGCAAUGAUUACUAUAUACACCCGUUUAAGUUUGUAUGACAAAGCAGAAGAGGUUAUUGGCUUGAUGAGAGAAGAUAAAGUUGUGAUGAACAUGGAGAAUUGGUUGGUGCUGCUUAAUGCUUAUAGUCAGCAAGGUCGGUUAGAGGAGGCGGAGCAGGUCUUGGUCGCAAUGAAAGAGGCCCAAUUUUCCCCCAAUACUGUUGCAUAUAAUAUUCUGAUAACUGGGUAUGGGAAGUUAUCGAACAUGACUGCUGCACAACGCCUGUUCCUUGACAUCCGGAACGCUGGACUGGAGCCUGAUGAAACAACAUACCGUUCCAUGAUUGAAGGUUGGGGUCGAACCGGCAAUUAUAAGGAGGCGGAAUGGUAUUAUAAAGAGCUUAAGCGAUUGGGGUUCAAACCUAACUCAUCUAACUUGUAUACACUAAUAAACUUACAAGCUAAACAUGGAGACGAAGAGGAUGCCAGUAGAACACUUGAAGAUAUGCUGAUGAUGGGAUGUCAGUACUCGUCGAUCCUUGGCACUCUGCUGAAAGCAUAUGAAAGGGCCGGAAGGGUUAAUAAAGUUCCGUUACUUCUGAAAGGUUCUUUCUAUCAACAUGUUCUUGUAAACCAGACUUCUUGCUCCAUUCUUGUCAUGGCUUAUGUUAAGCAUUUCCUGGUUGAUGAUGCUUUGAAAGUUUUGGGCGAUAAAAAGUGGAAGGAUCCACUUUUUGAGGACAACUUGUAUCAUCUGCUAAUUUGCUCUUGCAAGGAGUUGGAUCGCCUUGAAAACGCUAUUAGGAUAUACACUCAAAUGCCAAAGUCUAAAGAUAAGCCAAACUUGCACAUUGCAUGUACUAUGAUCGACAUUUACAGUGUUCUUGGCAGGUUUACUGAGGGAGAAAAAGUCUAUCUGGAACUAAAAUCUUCUGGAAUUUCUUUUGAUGUGAUUGCAUUUAGCAUUGUGGUAAGAAUGUAUGUCAAAGCGGGAUCCCUCAAAGAUGCUUGCUCUGUUCUAGCAACAAUGGAUAUGCAAAAGGAUAUUGUUCCAGACAUUUAUCUCUUUCGCGACAUGCUCCGUAUUUAUCAACAGUGUGGAAUGAUGAGUAAAUUAAAAGAUGUUUAUUAUAAAAUCUUGAAAAGUGACAUCGUUUGGGAUCAAGAAUUGUAUAAUUGUGUUAUAAAUUGCUGUGCUCGUGCUCUGCCCCUUGGUGAACUUUCAAGACUUUUCAAUGAGAUGCUUCAGCGCGGGUUUUCGCCUAAUACAAUCGCCUUCAACGUCAUGCUCGACGUUUACGGGAAAGCUAAGCUUUUUAGCAAGGUAAGAGAAUUGUUCUUGAUGGCCAGAAAACUAGGAUUGGUUGAUGUAAUUUCUUAUAACACGAUUACAGCGGCUUACGGGCACAAUAAAGAUUUCAAGAAUAUGGCUUCAAGUGUACGCAAUAUGCAAUUUGAUGGGUUUUCAGUUUCCCUUGAAGCCUACAAUUGCAUGUUGGAUGCCUACGGAAAAGAAGGUCAAAUCGAAAGUUUUAGAAAUGUGUUGCAGAGAAUGAAGCAAUCAAGUUGUACAUCGGACCAUUAUACGUACAACAUUAUGAUGAAUAUCUACGGAGAGCAAGGAUGGAUCAAUGAAGUUUCCGGUGUUCUGACAGAACUGAAAGAAUGUGGAUUAGGACCUGACUUGUGCAGCUAUAACACAUUAAUAAAGGCAUAUGGAAUUGCUGGGAUGGUAGAAGAAGCUAUCUAUUUGGUGAAGGAAAUGAGAGAGAAUGGGAUAGAACCUGAUAAAAUAACCUUCACCAAUUUGAUUACUGCUUUGCAAAAGAAUGAUAAAUACUUGGAGGCUGUUAAAUGGUCCUUGUGGAUGAAGCAAUUGGGACUAUAGAACGCAUAAAACUGGUGUAAAUAUGCUCUACAUUGCAGGUAUUUUUAUUUAUAAAUGGAUGCCUCUUCAUACGCAGACGAGCCUGCCUUUAGAUACUAAUUAUGCCAAAAAUUAGGAUACGUUGUAGAAAAAUCAAACAUCCAUCAAAGAGAAGCAAACGAUUGGCUUUUAUAGAAAUUCUUGCAAAAUUGAGAAUGAAGUUUCUUUCUGUACAUGUCGAAAUCCGAAUUGUUUCAACUCUUGUUUAUUUAUGGAAUCCAAUAUUUGUUUAUGGAAUCCAA